UUCCCAGGCAGCUGCAUAGACCAAUGCGUAGCGGGGGUGAACCUGCCGUGGCGGCGAUGGGACGAGCACGGAGAAAUGACAGCUUGUGCAGGAAUUUAGGCUAAACUGCAUCCCAUCACUGACAGGACUGCAACUGUCGGCUCGGUCGAACUAUGUAACAGCGGGCAUUUCUCCCUUUCGAGGCGUUAUAUUUUUUUAUUAUUAUUUUUUAAAUCUAAGAAUGGAUCCGGUGAAAUGGGUGCUAAAGUUAACCCGGCGGUGUCCUUUGGAUGUUGCGGUGCUCCGUCUCCAACUCGACUAGGUUUCAAUGCUUGUGGAAAUGCUACCUCUCUCUGUGGGACGGUGAAAUAAUUUGCAGCAGUAAGGGGGAUAGUAACGGGAGCGGGUGUGAAGAAGAUAACGGAAUUACCUCUCUGACCGAAGAACUGUGUGAGCCACCGUUCGCUCUGAAUUUCUCCAGGAUUUCACCCUGCUGAGGACACUGGAGCCUUUCCAGGGAAUUGUUUUAUAGGUAGACUUCUUUUUGCAUGUUGUUUUUGACGGCUGAACAUAUCAAAUUCAUGCAAUUUCACUGCAUGAGCCGUUCCUCCAAAAAUUGCACUUUUUUGGAGGAAUUGAAGCUCUUGCGGAUUAAAUGGACAUAAGGCUGCUCCACAUAAUGUGAGCGUCAGCUUUGAGCUGCCAUUUGUCGUUUCUAACUGUCCGCGUGCACUGUCCAGCACAUUUUUGAUUAUGACUCUUGUCACCAGCUGGACAUAGAGCAUUAGCCCGUGGAUAGUCCAGAGAUUAGCUGGUAAUGACAUCAAAAAUCACACAAAAGAUAAUUUGACGCCAAGAUGUAACAUUAUAGUUUUCGUUAAUUAUUUAACUUAGAAUUAACCAGAACCUUUUACGCGCACCUUUGCAAUGGAUGCAUGUUGCCAAAAGUCCUUUUGUGAUAAAGCACAUUGAGGAGGCAAUGACUUGUAACUUGACAGCAUGAAAACAUCAGUGCACGGAUAAUGGAAAGUUAUUCUACCUGCACGUUUGAUGAAGUUGCGUUUACGCACCGGAAAGCAUGCGCUCUACAACUAGGCAAUGAAGAUUUUUUUAGGCAUGUUUUCUUCUUUUCUGAAAGUAGUUUUGCAUCAAAGAUGCAUGACUUUUUUCAUGAGCCUUUCUGCUAUAAACAAACACUUUUAAUCUGGUAAGCUAUUUUUUUUUACCAUGAUUUGGAUCCGCCUGUGGUGAUUUUCUUGCUGUUUCCAUGCGUCUUUCUUCUUCUCCAGACCUCUGGACGUUAUUGUGGAUUGUGUUGCUAUUUAAUGCAAUGGGCUGUAUCCAGAGUAUCAGGUGUAAGCCUAAGAGUUUCCGAGACAGUAUCAUCGUCCAGGAGGUGAACACUUCCAUCGACCCAAAUCCUACCAGCAUCGACGAGUCAUCCAGCGUGGUCCUGCGCUACCGGACACCGCACUUCAGAGCUCAAGCCCGGGUCCUGGUGCCGCCAGUAGCCGGUAAAGAGACAUGGACCAUCGGCUGGAUUCAAGCCUGUAAUCACAUGGAGUUCUACAAUACGUAUGGAAACAAAGGGAUGUCGAGUUGGGAGCUCCCUGACCUGCGUGAUGGCAAAAUCCAGGCCAUCAGCGACUCGGAUGGGGUGAACUACCCGUGGUACGGCAACACCACGGAGACCUGCACUGUGGUAGGCCCCACCAAGAAGGACAGCAAGUUCACUGUUAGUAUGAAUGACAAUUUCUACCCCAGCGUGACCUGGGGAGUGCCCGUCAGCGACAGCAACGUGCCUCAGCUUAGCAGCAUCCGCCGCGACCAGAGCUUUACGACCUGGCUGGUGGCCAUUAACCAGGCCACCUCAGAGACACUUGUCCUGCAGACAAUCCGCUGGAGGAUGCGGCUUCACAUUCAAGUGGACCCAGAGAAGCCUCUGGCUCAUAGGGCGGUUCUGAACGAGCCCGUGGCCCAGGAACAGCCUCAGAUCCUGGGUAAGAAUGAGCCCAUCCCCUCUAACGCCAUGGUCAAGCCCAACGCCAAUGACGCCCAGGUGCUGAUGUGGCGGCCAAAGAAUGGUGACCCCGUGGUGGUCAUCCCACCCAAAUACUGACCUGUUUCACUGACCAGACUGGCCUUGGAUACCUUAACAGUAUCAUCUCUUAUUUGUUUUCUUUCUUUUGUUCCUGCUCAUCACCAGCUUCCACUGCUUUAACCUUUUCCCUCCUUUAUGCCUCUAUAUACUUCUCUCUUACGUUUUAAAGAAAAACAGGCAAACAAAACCAGCUCUGAGAAAAAGACCAGGUGCUGCUCAGAGGUCGGGGCUUGAACACACUUUUGAAACUGGAGCGAACAAACUGCAACCAUUCUACCUUCAAACUGGGUCGGGUCGCACUGUGCUAAAUGAAAUCAUUGCAAAAAUGAAAAACAAGAGCAUUUCUUUGUUUUUUAUUUCAGUUUUAUAUUUUGGCUGUUUGGGCCAAGUGUUGUAGGGUUUGUGAGUGUAUUUAAGUAUUUACAUGAACAUGUCUGUGCACAUGCUACCAAUUUUUAUUUAUGGGCUGGGAAAGAGUGCAUUGAAUUUAGUUUUUUGUUGCAUUGGGUGAUAUUACUAGAUAUUAGUACUUUUUUAAAAACAUGCAAGACAUUCAAUCCAUGCUGCCUUAAGUUUACAUCGCUUUCCACUGCAAACUUUUUCGCCUUAAACAAAGUGCAAUGCAGUAUUUUGCUCAACUGUCCCAUCUCUUCCAGACUGUUGGUGCUGGCAUGUGUAGGUUCAGGACAGGAACAAUACCACAGAAGAAGACCCGGGACUGAAGGCUUUUAUGUUCAGUUGCAUUUACCUGACAAAUGUAUUUUGUCUCACGAGUAAAACCAGCAUUAUGCGUAGACACAGUUAUACAACCAAGCUAACUAGUUGUGUUUCAAGUGCAUUAUGCAACAGAAGAGACGCUUUGUACUGAUACAGAGAACACCAGUAAAGCCAACCCUUGUCAAUAGCACUCAACACAAUAAUAAUGUGCAAUAACAACUUGAGCAAAAAGUAGGAAAGCACUCCUCAGCUAACCUUAUUUCAUUCACUUUAUUCUGUUUAUAGGCAGCCGUAGCAUUCAACAUCAGAACACAAGUUUACCUUUGUCUGUAUAACUCCAUCUCAGGGCCCCUUUUCACUUCCUUCCCUUCUUUCAUCCAUCCUGUCUGGCCUACUCUUUCUUGCCACAGUGAGUAACUAAGUGUUUGCAUUGCUCACAUUGAACAAUCAAUGCUUUGAUUAAUAAGCAGCCACAGACAGGGGAAAUAACUGGAGACUUAAUAUUAUAGAAAGAAAAGGGGCGUUAUUGAUUGGAAGGCAAAAAAAAUGAAUAAAAUGUCUAUACGAUUGUCAAGAUUGACAGCACAGCAGAUAGCCUGCUGUUUUUUAUUCUCCAGUUAUAAAGAUCAAAACAUGUCUCUCAUGUUAACAGUGGUUUUUGCCUUCCACUAUUCUUUCUCCCAUUUUGAUCCGUCUUCGAGGCUGAGAAGCAGAGUAGGAGGCAUGCAAGUUUGAUCCUGACUGCUCGGUUGGCAUAUAGAUGACCCACUUCUGUGCCCUGCCAGUGGUAGCUCUCGCUGCAGAAAUGUAGGGUUUGUCUCCCUUAAUUUCACCGCCAGCAAAUGUAAGACACAAGCAGAUGCAUACACAAAAAGCUCUGGUCAGCUAAAUACCAACAUGAGAUGAUGUCAGUUUAGCUGUUGAGCUUUCAAAAGGGCUUCAGCUGCAAACUGAAAACUCUUAAAAGCAGAGAAAAAUUACAUCAUUUGGCAUCAUGAGGAGCCAAAAUAUGGGUAAAAAGUUAUUUAUGUACAUACUAUUUUAAAUGUGUUAAUGAGCUCUGUAAGUUUAUUCUGUUAAUGGCCAGUUUUUCACUUUCAGAUGCUACAAACAUAUUCUCACUGUGCUCACCAAGUUCCUGUGUAUUGCCUCCAACCAAAGAAAUAAUUUGCAUGCAAGUCUGACCUGCUCAUGUAUUUCACAAAAAUCAGUAAGCUGCUGCUAUUUCAGUGUAUUAGUGUCUCCCUACUUCCGGCUGUACAAAGCAUUCAUCCAUCAAACAUGGUUCAAGCCACAUUUCUUUGUGUUUUUUUAAAAAGAUAUUCUGUCCAUUUAACCAUUACAAAACAUAACUAUUUUAUGAUUCAACUCAAUAGUACUUUGAUUUGGCUAAUAUUUAUACCAAGACUGUAAAGGAAUAGUUCAACAUUUUGGGAAAUAUGCUUAUUCACUUUUGUUGCAGAGAAUAAGAUUAUAGAUAGAUAUUCUCAUGUCUGUGCGCUAAAUAUGAAGCUACAUCCGGCAAGUAGCUUAGCUUAGCAAGACUAGAAACAGCCUGGCUCUGUCCAAAGGUAACAAAAUACACCUACCAGCACCUCUAAAACUCACUAAUUAACACAUUAUAUACCACUUGUUUUAUCCGUACAAAAACCAAAGUGUAAAAAUUACAAGUUGUGGCUUCACAGGGUGUGGUUCUAGAUAACCUUCUCCUUGUAGAUUAGAUUAGAUUCAACUUUAUUGUCAUUGUGCAGUGUACAAGUACAAAGACAGCGAAAUGCAGUUUGCGUCCAAACAGAAGUAGCUUCAUGUUUAGUAUACAGAUACGAGAGUGAUAUCAAUCUUCUCAUCUAACUCAUCUAAAGUAAAAUGUCUAAAUAUUUCCUUAACCAUAAAUUGUAUAAUUUUCUGUGUAAAUCCAAUGGUAGAACGAGAACCUGCUCUGCAGAGCACCAUAUGGAUUCAUGAUGUAAUAUUUAGCUGAACCAGAGCACAAUCAAUCAAUUCAUAAUGUCCAUUUGAUGCCACCACAUAAACUCCUUUGUUCACAUUAUACAGUAACUACAUUUUAAGCCCACACAUGGCUACAUAUAGAACCCCUGCUCGGCUUGGUUCAUGUAUAACCACGAUAGCCUCUGCUCUGGGUAGGCUGGGUCGCAUGGCACUGUGAUGAAGGGAGAAGAGAAAUAAAAGGCUAUUGAGGGACUGCUGUCAUAAUUAGAUCUGCUGUGACACACUUACAUGCCCUAGAUGGACGGAACUGUGCCAAGUCGUGCCAUACUAUGCAAGGGCCAGCUAGAGUCAUGGGUGAGGUUUAAGUGAGAUCAGAUAGCAAAGGUCAGGGUCAAAGUGUUUGCGUGAGAGGGAGCCGUAAGUCCUUAAAUGUACUGCAGACAGUCGAGUGUAGGUGAGGGAAUGAAUAUGAAGAUGACAACAAAUUGAACCCAUUUAGACAUUAAAACCAGCUUAAAAUAACAGUGACGUUUACCAAGCGCAACUUGCAUGUCAACCACAAGUUAUUUCAAUUUGGGGUUUGUUUUGAGGGGAGCAGAGAAAGCUGCGGCUCAUGACCUUUCACUUAACGUAGCAUUUGUAUCAGCCUCGUAAUGUCUUGCAAUUACCUAUUGACACUGUGGAUAGUACUCAAGCUGCACUGUGUAAUUAAACCUUGACACGCAAAGUGUCCCACACUCACAUCAUGUAUGUGUGUGUGUGUGUGUUAAAUCCCAUUUAAGGGAUUUAGGCAGGAUGAGGAGUUUCACUGAUGUGUUUCUGUUGUUGAGUCAUGAAUCUCUCUCACACACAGACAGACAAACAGUGCAGGGAAGGUUACGUCCUUGUCAUAAAACAGGAAAAUAGCUUGCCCCCUCUCUGUGUCUGUCUGCCUCUGUCUGACACACACACACACACACACACACACACACACACACACACACACACACACACACACACACACACACACACACACUCUCUCUCUCUCUCUCUCUCUCUCUCCCUGAGGGGAAAGGAGCAGGCCUGGCGUGGUAUCCGAUUGUCACAGCAGUGUCACAUUGGCAGUAAGAACUUAUUUAUCAGCCCUGCACGUGGACCGGCUGAACACAUGCUACAAAGCCAUAUUCACAAACACACCUGUUAACUUACAAACAGGAAGUGACACGUGUAUCUUUUGUUUAGUUAAAUAAGAGCGAGUAGGUUAUGAAAAAGAAAUGGAAGUAUUGAGGGCACUGAGUGGGUGCCUGUCAACAUCAACAACAUGUCAUGUUAUAUUGUAGGAUAAGGGCACUAAUUGUCUUCUCGGUGUGUGUCUGAGUAAGAUGUUUAAGAUGUGUUAAUGAUGUGUAUUUUAUGUUCACACAACAGAAGAACUUCAUAAAUGCUUUAUGUGCUUCCUUAACUAAGCCACAGAAAAACAAAAUCGCACAAUUUUAGUUUGCUCUAUGGAGGGAAAACGGUGCCAAAAUUGGACAAAGCCAAAACUAUGCAGAAGGACAUUGUUAGUAACUCGUGAACUCUAAAACCUCUUGGCACUUAAUAACAGGCCUGCUUUCAGUUGUUUUUGAUCAUUAAACCAUUAGCAUAUUUGUAUUUCCAGAGAAACAUCACAAAGGCAAAAUGUAGCCAUGUGGAAGAUUCUUUGUUGUAGUGUCUUCUGCUUGUAGGACUGUACCAUGUGGAUGAAAGCCUCCUCACCUAAAUCUACACCAUUACAGUUCUUUUGAGGGCUGCUACCUUUGCUUCAGAACUUUAUGCAGUUAUUUAACUCCCAUGACACAUCAGUGAAUCAUCAUCCUUUUAUUUAAACCAAUAAAACAUCCCAAGUUCACACUCAGGA